AUGGGUCCACAAAGUAGUGGGAAAAGUACUCUGUUAAAUCAUCUAUUCCACACUAAUUUCAGAGAGAUGGAUGCUUUCAAGGGAAGGUCGCAAACUACAAAGGGGAUAUGGUUGGCAAGAUGUGUUGGAAUUGAACCUUGUACCCUCGUCAUGGAUUUGGAGGGUAAUGAUGGAAGAGAAAGGGGAGAGGAUGACACUGCCUUCGAAAGGCAGGCUGCACUGUUUGCUCUUGCUGUUUCAGAUAUAGUCCUAAUAAACAUGUGGUGUCAUGACAUUGGUCGUGAACAUGCAUCAAAUAAGCCUCUUCUGAAAACUGUAUUCCAGGUCAUGAUGCGAUUAUUUAGUCCUCGCAAAACAACAUUGAUGUUUGUAAUACGUGACAAAACAAAAACACCUUUGGAGAGUUUGGAGCCUAUUCUCCGGGAAGACGUCCAGAAGAUUUGGGAUUCCGUUCCCAAGCCACAAGCUUACAAGGAAACCCCUAUAAGUGAAUUUUUUAAUGUCGAAGUUGUAGCUUUAUCUAGUUAUGAGGAGAAGGAAGAACAAUUUAUGGAGCAGGUGGCCAAUUUGAGACAGCGGUUCUUCCACUCUAUUGCACCUGGUGGGCUUGCGGGAGACAGGCGUGGUGUGGUCCCAGCAUCCGGCUUUUCCUUUAGUGCUCAACAAAUCUGGAAGAUUAUAAAAGAAAAUAAGGACCUUGACUUACCAGCCCAUAAAGUUAUGGUUGCUACGGUAAGAUGUGAAGAGAUAGCAAAUGAAAAAUGUGGUUCUUUUUUGGAAAAUGAGGAAUGGCGAGAGAUUGAAGAGGCUGUUAAAUCUCACCCAGUGCCGAAAUUUGGGAAGAGGCUUAGUUCAAUUAUUGACACUUACCUAUCUGAGUAUGAUGCCGAAGCCACUUAUUUUGAUGAAGGCGUGCGGAUGGGAAGAAGGAAACAGUUGGAAGAGAAAUUACUGCAACUUGUCCAACCUGCUUACCAAUUAAUGCUGGGACAUAUUCGAUCUGGUACCUUGGAGAGGUUUAAAGAAGCUUUUGAUGCUGCUUCGAGUGGAGGAAAAGGAUUUGCCGUAGCUGCUCGUGAAUGCACUGAGAAUUUUAUGUCCCAUUUUGAUGAAGCUUGUGCUGAUGCGAUCAUUGAGCAAGCAAAUUGGGACUCAUCAGACAAAAGGGGCAAACUCCAACGUGAUAUUGAUGCACACAUUGCCACAGUUUGUAAAACCAAACUAUCUGAGCUAGCAACUGCCUAUGAGACCAAAUUGAAGGAAGCCUUAGAUAAUCCAGUGGCGGCUCUCCUAGAGGAAGCUAAUGAUGGUACAUGGCCGGCUAUAAGACAACUUCUUCGACGUGAAAGUGAAAAGGCUAUUACUAGCUUUUCUUCUGCUCUUUCUGGUUUUGAAAUGGAUGAAGAAACAAAGGAGCAGAUGCUGUCUAAGCUGGAAGCUCAUGCUAGAGAAGUGGUUGAAUCCAAGGCAAAAGAGGAAGCUGGAAAAGUUCUUAUUCAUAUGAAGGAGAGGUUCACGACGUUAUUUAACUAUGAUUCCGAUGUACCACGAGUUUGGACUGGGAAGGAAGACAUUCGAGCUAUUACCAGAACUGCUCGUUCUUCAUCACUGAAGUUGCUAUCAGUAAUGGCGGCAGUAAGAUUGGAUGCUGAGUUGGAUAAUAUUGAGAAAACUCUGUCUCUUGCUUUAGUCGAUAGCAAAGCUAGUUCUUCUUCGAACAAGAAUAUGGCACCUACAUCAGUUGACCCUCUAGCUUCAAGCACUUGGAAUGAGGUUCCUCCAUCAAAGACUCUUCUCACUCCUGUCCAGUGCAAAUCCUUGUGGAGACAGUUCAAACAAGAGACUGAGUACGCUGUAACUCAAGCCAUUUCAGCUCAGGAGGCUAAUAAGCGAAACAACAAUUGGUUGCCACCUCCCUGGGCAAUUGUUGCCUUGAUUGUGCUAGGGUUCAAUGAAUUUAUGACCUUAUUAAGAAAUCCUCUCUAUCUAGGAGUCAUCUUUGUCGGUUUUCUGCUUGUAAAAGCCCUCUGGGUGCAACUAGACAUCGCUGGUGAAUUUCGCAAUGGUGCUCUUCCUGGGCUUCUCUCUUUAUCGACGAAGUUCCUUCCAACGGUCAUGAAUAUUCUUAGAAAACUCGCGGAGGAGGGUCAGAAGCCGACGGAUACAAAUACAAACACCACACAGCAAAAUCCACCCCUUGCAUCAAGGAGUGUCCGCUCUGGACCAAAUGAAUACAGCGAAAUUUCGUCAUCCGCUUCCUCUGAGGUGACUUCUUCAGAAAAUGGUUCAGAAUACUCAAGUCCCUCAUGGCACAAGGCAGAGUGA